AUGUUAUCCUAUGCUCAAUAUAAUAGAAAUACUAUGAAAGUAUCUUCAGAAAUUUUUUCAGAUUUAGUGAAAAGUAUUUCCUGGAUUUAUACCUAUUCUUACUAUUUAAAGUGUUUCUUAGAAUUUUUAAUACGGAAGUUAAACGAUCGAUUGAACCUGAGAAAGGAUUCUCAAUUUAUUAUUGCUAUUGAUGACGCAUGUCUAUUCUUGCAAUUCCAAACUCCAAUAUUAUCCCAAAAGGGUCCUAUUCUUCGAAAUUUGUUUUCAGUGAUUGAAAAAGAAAUUUUUUUCUUAAAAGGUUGUUCACCGAAUAUUUGUGAUAUUUAUUGUGGAUCCUAUUUUAAAAUUGAGAGUGUUGUGUUUAUCAAGUCAACUCUGGGGAGGCUACGCGAAAUGACACCUCCUUACCAUUUCAUUGGUUUGGAUCUCAUUAAUUUUGAGCAAGCAUUGCAGUUGCUACAAACAAUGUAUGAUGUGGAUGCUCUAUUAGAAGCAUCCGAUAUCUCCAAAAAAGAGUUUUAUCAAUCUGUUAAACACAUGUUUCCCACAAGAAGAAGAGUUUUUGGUCUUGUGGCCUCUUUUUUAGAAACAACCUCAUCUCCCAAUCUAGUACAAAUUUUCAAAGAUCAGGGGAAAACAAUUACAUGCGAUGAAAAAUUGGCUUCCUCGGUAAUGAGUUCUGGGAUAGCAAAACCAAAUAUGGAGUUGUUUCAAUUCAACAUUUAUACUUAUUGUCAUGACUAUCAAUUUGAUGCAUCAGAUCCAAUUCUACAAAAGGUAGCAAGAGAGAUUGUUACAAAGAAAUACUUAAAUUCAAUGUCCUUGACAAAUGACCCAAUCUCCAUUUUGAAUCAAAUAUUAGCAAUUCAACAUGAAAAUCCUCGAGUGUGGAACAAGAUAUUUCCUCUUCUAUUGCAACACCAUAGUGGCAAGCUUCUCAAGAACAAUGCAGAUUGCAAAUCUCAUAACCGACGAUAUGAAAAAGAACUUCUGGUAGAUGUUCUUUAUGUUCAUUGUUUGUUAAAUUAUAACAAACCCAUUGAAGAAAAUUGGAGCACUACAUUCAAAGAUAUCAUUGACGGAUUAUAUUUCUAUCCCUCUUCCUUAUUUUGUCAUGCAGAUGGUAUUUGUUUGAACUUUUCUGAUGAUGGACCUUAUGGUGUUAUUGUGAGCAACAAGUUACACAAUUGCGAUACAAUAAGUGAAUUUUUUACAGAUGUUCAAAAAGGGAUCAAGUGCACGAUGUCGAAAAAAGAAGACUUUAAUGCAAUAUUAAGCAGCAAGAAUCGAUUGAUUCCUUUAGUGGCACAUCUACACGUAAAAUAUCAACACAUCAAAACAACGAAAGGUGAGAGAUUUAUUAAAGGUUAUUCUAAUGGAGGAAAAUAUUUGAUAAUGGACCCAGAUCCAAAUAGUAUAAGAGAGCUAUGUCCAGAUACAUUCCAUUUGUUGCAACGUAAUCUCUUUAACACAACUAAAAUUAAAUAA